UAAAACAUUCCUUGUAAUAUUCUUCAGUCAAUGGUCUUUUCAGACAGUGACAAACUUGCACCUUAUCGGUUUAGUUUGUGUCUAACGGAUCUCUUAUCGCACACGCUGAUUAGCACAGCUGAAACGAAUGAGACAAAGAGAUGUGAUGUUCACGCACUCGUUCAGUUAACAGUGUUGCAACGGCUUAUGAGACAACCUGAUAGAAUGAAUGAUAUAUUGACUCAUUUGGCUCAGUAUUUGUUGUUGAACGUGCCAAACGACACCGAUACUAUUAAAUGCAGUUUAAAUGACAGCAAGUUUGUAGAACUCAUUCCUCAUCUCUACAGUGUUGCUGAAAAGAUCGUAACGAUAAAAUGUGACAAUGACGUCUGUCUAAAUCUGUUGAACAUAGCUUGUUGGACUGGAGUUAGAGCAGGCCACGUUGAUGUUGCAUUUCCUUUGUCUAAAAAAAACCUAGAAAUUACCGAAUCAUUAUGUAGUGGUCUGAAGGUAGUGGAAUGCAAGAGAGACGAGGAUAAGGCCUUUAGACACAUGGAGUGUCUCCUUCAAAUCGGAGUUUUGUAUAUGCAAAAGCUAGAUUUUUCAUGUAGUCAAAAGUCUUUGUCUAAAGCAAUUGACAUCAUUAACAAUUUAUUGAAAAACAGGAAGGACUAUAUACCGUGGUAUUUUACAGUGGCUUGUAGUUUGGCUUUGUCUUACGCACAUUCACAUCAACUUGAUGACGCUGAGCGUACGUACAAUCUUAUUAUUGAACUUUCUAAAAAGGAAUGUUGUAAUAGUAUCAUCAUUCUACAAGCAAAGAAUGCCUUGGGGCGUAUAUGCCAGCUAAAUGGUCAUUUGCGUCGUGCUUAUAACAUUCACAAGCAAGUAAUUGAUGAAGCGGAGAAUGUUGUCGAGAUGAAGUCUGCUAUUAUUAAAUACGCAAACGUUCAGUGUAGUCUGUGUCUGAUGUCAAUGGGUAAUUGGUGCGGUGCUGUAAGGCAUAUUGAACAAGUUCUUACUAUCACAAGACAGGAUGGACCUGAUGCUAGUUUUGAAGUCGCCGAUGCUCUCUUGAUGUUGUCUAAGUGUUACUUGCAGUUGAAUGAUGUUUUUCAAGCCACUAGAAUGGCAAAAGAGUGUGUGUCUAUUAGGAGAUCGAUUUAUGACCCUCACAAUUAUUUAGUAGCAAUUGCUACCCAAAACCUAGCUUCUUGUUAUGGCUAUUCUGGAAAAAAGAAUGAAGCUAUUAAACUGUAUAAUCAGUGCAUUGGUGUAUUGAGGACAAACUUACCACAUACGAAAGAAUAUUUUUGUUUAGCUUUGCUUGAAUUCGGAGUGUACUAUUAUAAGAGCGGCUUGCCACGCGAAUCGGUGUUUUGGCUUGAGCAAUCUAUUUCUGAACAUCGGUUGCUUCAUUGUAAAAGUCAAGAUACCUUAGCUAUGUCUUUCCAAUAUAUUGGAUUGAACUAUUUGGUUGCUGGUGAUCAUGAAACUGCGGCAAAUCUGUUCACAAAGAGUUUGUCCAGUUUUGUACAGGGAUCUAUUGAAUUCAUUAAAGGUUUGUCUUUGCUGGCAAUUUGUCUGCACGGGCAGACAGAUUAUAGUGAAAACUUGCAGUUGUGGUUGCAGAUUCGUAGCAUGGUUAUGAGAAAUGAUGCAGUGAUGUCAGAAUCAAUGGCUAGCGCUUGUUUCUUCAUUGGAUCAUGCCUUUGUGGGCUGUUGCAACUGAGAGAAGCAGAAGCAGCAUUUCUUGAGUCAAUUAAAAUAUAUAGAGAUGUAGCACCUGCAGGACAUCCUGAUAUGGCCACAGCUCUAGUACAUCUUGGAUCCUUGUACAACAAUUCAGGUAAUGUACAAGUGGCGACCGGUUUGCUUGAAGAGGGUUUAGGUAUUCUAGAACAGCUUCAACCUCUCCAUAUUACUUCAGCCGUUGCGUUGACCCAGCUUUCACUUCGUUUAUUUAAACAAGGAAGAUUUUCCGAUAUGUUGCCGCUGCUGUUGAGAUCUCGUGAUAUCUUAACAAAAUUAUCACCAAUAUCAGAACAAAUGACAAUGGCUUGUGAUCUUCUUGGAACUUGUUAUGCGAAACUAAAUCGCUGGAGAGAUGCGGAGGAAGUUUAUGAAGAAAAUCUUAGAAUAUGUGAAAUCGUCUAUCCUUUAGGGCAUCCUAUGCUCAAUCUGGCCAAAGCGAAUUUACAGACAGCGUGGCAACGCAUUGGUUUACUGUGAGCAUCCACUUGUGUGUCCAGGAACAACGAUUUUAGUUCGCAAUUAAAAUUUGUCAAAAUUAAAAUUUGGAUAUUUGCUUUGCUUCUUGUAAUGUUUUGCUUUUUUAGUUAGACAAACGCUUCUUUCAUGCUGUUUUGAGGAACUGCGAUCGACUUGUUGCGGAUUAUAGAUGUCAUUUUGUUACUAUAAUCGAGCUACUUGUAAAAGAUCUAUUACUAAACCCUACA